AUGACUGAUGCCAAACCUGUUACAACACCCAUGAGUCCUUCAUGUGAUCUCUCUACUGACUCUGAUGCUUCCACUUCCAACGUUUCCGAGUAUUGCCAGAUUGUUGGGUCCUUACAGUAUUUGUCAUUGACACGUCCCAAUGUUUCCUUCAGUGUUAACAAGCUCUCUCAAUAUAUGGUUGUUCCAACUAAAACUCAUAUGCAAGUUGCCGAAAGAAUUCUUCAGCACCUCAAAGGCAUUAUUGACCAUGGUGAUAUUGUUGAUCGUCGUUCCAUGGCUGCCUACAUCAUUUAUUACGGCUCCAAUGCCAUCUCCUGGUCAUGUAAGAAGCAACCUUCAGUUGCCAAAUCCUCCAUUAAGGCCGAAUAUCACACCAUUGGUAUUACAUAG